UUUGGAGUCGAUCCUUCUAGCGGCCUGGCAGUGCUUUCGUUGCUUUUUCGGACUCUCGGGACUCCUCGUUUUGUCUCUUUCCCCUGCCCGGGGCUUUUCGAUUCUGGCGUAGAGGCCGGCGGCUUCCGCUUCACGUUCGUCUCCCUGGUUCCCUUCGCUGGCCGAGGACCGGUUCCCGGGAGCCGCGCGUGCGCUUUCUCCUUCCCUUCUCCGUCCUCCCGGGCCGGGCGCGGGGACGCCGCGCAGCCGGGACAGCGGGGCCUCUGGGCCGCACUGGAGGCGGGAGUCUGGGGAGGAGGUAAUACAAAAUGUCAAAGAUAAGGAGGAAAGUCACAGUUGAAAACACCAAGACCAUAUCUGACAGCACAUCCAGAAGACCCAGUGUAUUCGAGAGGCUUGGCCCAAGCACUGGUAGUACAGCAGAGACACAGUGCCGGAACUGGCUGAAGACUGGCAACUGCCUCUAUGGAAACACAUGUAGGUUUGUACAUGGCCCUUCACCGCGUGGAAAAGGUUAUAGCAGCAACUAUAGAAGGUCACCAGAAAGACCUACAGGGGAUCUCAGAGAAAGAAUGAAAAAUAAGCGCCAAGAUGUGGACACUGAGUCCCAGAAACGAAAUACAGAGGAGUCAUCUUCACCUGUUAGGAAAGAAUCUUCAAGAGGGAGACAUAGAGACAAAGAAGACAUAAAAAUCACUAAAGAACGAACCCCAGAAAGUGAAGAAGAAAAUGUAGAAUGGGAAACAAAUAGAGAUGAUUCUGACAAUGGAGAUAUUAAUUAUGAUUAUGUUCAUGAGUUAUCAUUGGAAAUGAAGCGGCAGAAGAUACAGAGGGAGUUAAUGAAGCUGGAACAAGAAAAUAUGGAGAAGAGAGAAGAAAUUAUCAUUAAAAAGGAGGUUUCACCAGAAGUAGUUAGAUCAAAAUUGUCUCCAUCACCUUUAAGAAAGUCUAGCAAAUCUCCAAAGCGGAAAUCAAGCCCCAAAUCUUCUUCAGCUGCCAAGAAAGACAAGAAGACUUCUGCAGUAUCUUCUCCCUUGCUGGACCAGCAGAGGAAUUCAAAAGGCAACCAAAGUAAAAAGAAAGGGCCACGUACACCCAGUCCUCCUCCUCCUAUACUAGAAGAUAUUGCUCUGGGGAAAAAAUAUAAAGAAAAGUAUAAAGUGAAAGAUAGGAUUGAAGAAAAACCAAGAGAUGGGAAGGACAGAGGACGAGAUUUUGAAAGGCAAAGAGAAAAAAGAGAGAAGCCAAGAUCCACUUCCCCAGCUGGACAACAUCAUUCUCCUAUAUCUUCUAGACAUCACUCAUCAUCCUCCCAAUCGGGAUCAUCUAUUCAAAGACAUUCUCCUUCUCCUCGGCACAAAAGAACUCCUUCACCAUCUUAUCAGCGGACUUUAACUCCAUCUUUACGACGUUCUGCUUCCCCUUAUCCUUCACAUUGUUUGUCUUCUCCUCAGAGAAAGCAGAGUCCUCCAAGGCAUCGCUCCCCAAUGCGAGAGAAGGGGAGGCAUGAUCAUGACAGAACUUCACAGUCUCAUGAUCGACGGCAUGAAAGGCGGGAAGAGACUAGAAGCAAAAGAGACAGAGAAAAGGACACAAGAGAAGAACGAGAGUAUGAACAGGACCAGAGCUCUUCUAGAGAUCACAGAGAAGACAGAGAGCCUCGAGAUGGCCGGGAUCGAAGAGAUACUAGAGAUCGCAGGGAGCUAAGAGACUCCAGAGACAUCCGAGACUCUAGGGAGAUGAGGGACUAUAGUAGAGAAACCAAGGAAAGCCGAGACCCCAGAGAUUCAAGGUCUACCCGGGACUCUCAUGACUAUAGGGACCGUGAAGGUCGAGAUACUCAUCGGAAGGAAGACACAUACCAGGAUGAAUCCCGGAGUUAUGGCAGAAAUCACUUAAGAGAAGAAAGUUCUCGUACUGAAAUAAGGAAUGACUCCAGAAAUGAGUCUCGGAGUGAAAUUAGGAAUGACCGCAUGGGUAGAAGUAGGGGGAGAGGUCCAGAGAUACCUGAAAAGGGAAGUCGAGGCACAAGAGGUUCUCAAAUUGAUAGUCACAGUAGUAGUAGCAACUAUCAUGACAGCUGGGAAACUCGAAGUAGCUAUCCUGAAAGAGACAGAUACCCAGAAAGAGACAACAGAGAUUCUUCCUUUGAGAGAAGACAUGGAGAGAGAGACCGUCGGGACAACAGAGAAAGAGCUCCUAUGUUCUACACCUCCUGCUGCCCCUAUCCUUUGCCACCAGUGUUCUCAGGUCCUGCUGGGGGGACAGAGAAGAUCAGAGAUCAAAGACCAAGCUCACCAAUACGCCAUCAGGGGAGAAAUGACGAGCUUGAGCGUGAUGAAAGAAGAGAGGAACGAAGAGUAGACAGAGUGGACGAUAGAAGAGACGACAGGGCUAGGGACAGAGAUAGGGAGAGAGAGCGGGACAGAGAGCGGGAAAGAGAGAGGGAGCGUGAACGGGAUCGGGAAAGAGAAAAGGAAAGAGAGCUAGAAAGGGAGCGGGCCAGAGAACGGGAGAGAGAAAGAGAAAGGGAAAAAGAGCGAGACCGUGAACGAGAGAGGGAUCGUGACCAUGAUCGAGAGAGAGAAAGAGAGAGGGAACGAGAUAGGGAAAAAGAAAGGGAGCGAGAGAGAGAAGAAAGAGAGAGGGAGAGAGAGCGAGAACGGGAGAGAGAGAGAGAACGAGAGCGGGAACGAGAAAGAGCGAGAGAAAGGGAUAAGGAACGAGAACGUCAAAGGGAAUGGGAAGACAAAGACAAGGGACGGGAUGACCGCAGGGAUAAGCGAGAAGAUAUCCGAGAAGAUAGGAAUCCCAGAGAUGGACAUGAUGAGAGAAAAUCAAAGAAGCGCUAUAGAAAUGAAGGAAGUGCCAGCCCUCGGCAGUCACCUAAGCGCAGGCGUGAACAUUCUCCUGACAGCGACACCUACAACAGUGGAGAUGACAAAAAUGAAAAGCACAGACUCUUGAGCCAGGUUGUACGACCUCAAGAAUCUCGUUCUCUCAGCCCAUCACACCUCACAGAAGAUAGGCAGGGUAGAUGGAAAGAAGAGGACCGUAAGCCAGAAAGAAAGGAGAGUUCGAGGCGCUAUGAUGAGCAAGAAUUGAAAGAGAAAAUUUCUUCUGUAGAUAGACAGAGAGAACAGACAGAAGUCAUGGAGAACUCAAGAGCACGUGCCCAGGACCUGGUAGGCCACCACCAGUCUGAAGAUCGUGAGCUAUCUGAUCGAGCCCAUGAUGAAAGUAAGAAAAAAGCAAAACUUCAGAAGAAACCUAUUAAGAAAAAGAAAGAGGAUGAUGUUGGAAUAGAGAGGGGUAGUAUUGAGACAACAUCUGAAGAUGGUCAAGUCUUCUCACCUAAAAAAGGACAGAAGAAGAAAAAUAUUGAGAAAAAACGCAAAAGAUCCAAAGGUGAUUCUGAUAUUUCGGAUGAAGAAGCCACCCAGCAAAGUAAGAAGAAAAGAGGUCCACGGACUCCCCCUAUGACAAACAAAGAGGACCUGGUUGAAAUUUCUAGUGAUAAGGAUGGCCUGCUAGAGGACCCUCUGAAGAAGGAGGAUACUGCCUUUAGUGACUGGUCUGAUGAGGAUGUGCCAGACCGGACAGAAGUGAUGGAAUCAGAACAUGCAGUCACCACUACCACUGCAGCUAGUAUCCCUUCCCCUCUGUCUUCCCUUCUCCCUCCUCCACCUCCUGUGGCCACUGCCACUGCUGCAGCUGCGGUGCUUACCUCUACCACUGUUACUGCUGCCACCUCUGCCACCUCCACGCCCACCUCUGCCACCCCCUCCACCGUCAAUACUACUUUUGCCAGUGAAGACUCACAUAGAAAGUGCCACAGAACACGUGUGGAAAAAGUAGAGGCCCCUCAUGUGACUAUAGAGGACACACCACACCGCAAACUGGUAGACCAAAAGAGGAGCAGCAGCCUGGGGAGCAACCGGAGUAACCGGAGUCACACCUCUGGCCGUCUGCGCUCCCCAUCAAAUGAUUCUGCCCAUCGAAGUGGGGACGACCAAGGUAGUAGAAAGAGAGUGCUGCAUAGUGGCUCAAGAGAUAGAGAAAAAACAAAGAGCCUGGAAGUCACGGGGGAGAGAAAAUCUAGGAUUGAUCAGUUGAAACGUGGAGAACCUAGUCGAAGUACUUCUUCAGAUCGUCAAGAUUCAAGAAGCCAUAGUUCAAGAAGAAGUUCUCCUGAGUCAGAUCGGCAAGUCCAUUCAAGAUCUGGGUCAUUUGAUAGCAGAGACAGGCUUCAAGAACGGGAUCGAUAUGAGCAUGAUAGAGAGCGGGAGAGAGAGAGGAGAGAUACACGGCAGAGAGAAUGGGACCGAGAAGCUGAUAAAGACUGGUCACGGAACCGAGAUCGGGAGAGACUGCGGGAACGGGAGAGAGAACGAGACAAAAGGAGAGACUUGGACAGGGAAAGAGAAAGAUUAAUUCCUGAUUCUAUGGAAAGGGAGCGAGACAGAGAUAGGACUUUUGAGAAUUCUCAAAUAGAGUCUGUGAAGCGCAGUGAAGCAAAACUGGAGACUGAACAUGAAAGAGACCUAGAUGGUGGUUCCAGAGACUCUGUAGCCUUGGAUAAAGAAAGAAUGGAUAAAGACCUGGGGUCUGCACAGGGAUUCGAUGAUACUACUAAAGCUGAGCGAACAGAGAGUAUGGAAGCAGGAGAUGACGAUUCCAAGUUAGAUGAUGCACAUUCAUUAGGAUCUGGUGCUGGAGAAGGGUAUGAGCCAAUCAGUGAUGAUGAACUAGAUGAAAUUCUGGCUGGUGAUGCAGAAAAGAGAGAAGACCAGCAGGAUGAGGAGAAGAUGCCAGAUCCCUUAGAUGUGAUAGAUGUCGAUUGGUCUGGUCUUAUGCCAAAGCAUCCAAAAGAACCACGAGAGCCUGGGGCUGCACUCUUAAAAUUCACACCUGGAGCUGUUUUGCUGAGAGUUGGGAUUUCUAAAAAGUUGGCAGGUUCUGAGCUGUUUACUAAAGUCAAAGAAACAUGUCAGAGAGUUCUAGAGAAACCUAAAGAUGCAGAGAAUCUUUUUGAACAUGAACUGGGGGCUCUCAAUAUGGCUGCAUUACUACGAAAAGAAGAAAGAGCAAGUCUUCUCAGCAAUCUUGGACCCUGUUGUAAAGCCCUGUGCUUCAGGCGGGAUUCUGCAAUCCGAAAGCAGCUUGUUAAGAAUGAGAAGGGUACAGUAAAGCAAGCUUAUACAAAUGCUCCAGUGGUAGACAAUGAAUUACUGCGGUUGAGUCUUCGGUUAUUUAAGCGGAAGACUACUUGUCACGUCCCUGGACAAGAAAAGGCUGAAGAUAAUAAACUGGCACAGUCCAAUAUCCCACAGGAACUGUGUGUAUCUUAAAGACCGAAGUUCAGUAUGAUGUUUGUGGUAUUGUCUUCCUUGUACAGUGCAUUUUUUUUCAGAGCUCUUUGAUUUGAAAAAGAUUAUUAGUGACAAAGGCAGAAAAGUCUUAUCAGCCAUGUUAAGGGUGAAGAACUUUGAUCUGUAGAGACACUAGUUUUGACCAACUUAAGAUUUACAAUGAUUUUUAUACAGCAAUUGAUACUCAUGCAAAAUAAUGUGAAAGCAUCUAAAUUUAGUAGUUUAGUCUGUACCUUUUGUGAAAGCUGAAGAUUUUGGAAAUUGGUUGUCACCGCUCUUCCAGCUUGUGAAUAUUUUUUAUGAAAUGGAACCACUGAUUUAUAUUCUGGAUCAUCCUUACAGAAACUGAUUUUAUUCAGAAGCAAGGUGUUCAUCAAAGUAACUGCACACAUUGUACAGCACCAUAUUAUAUGGAACAUUCGGAAGGGAAUGUUCGUCUAGCAUAGUGUAUUUAGGCAAAUCCCCAUCAGGAGAAAUCCAGAUUUUUUUCUCCUUUUAAAAGUUCUAAAAACAUGGGUCUUUGUUUUUUUUUUUUUUAAUGUGUGUACAUUCUUACAGUGUAUAUUGGAUAUCUUUGGAUUCUGAAUGGGUUUUUUGUCUGGUUGUUCAUCAGAGACUAUGUACUAUUUUUAUUUUUAAUAAAUGUACCUCUCUUUUUCUUGUUCUUGAUUUUCUUUACCUUUAGUAACCAUAUUCCUGAUAUUCUAAAACACGCAUUAUCAUCACUAGUUUCAUACUUCAGAUGUUUUCCUGCUGUAUUCUUACUGGACAGCUGAUGGAACAGUGUAAUACAAGUUGAGAGAUACUUGAAGUACAGCUCAGUGAUUCCUGAAACAAACCAAGACUUAGCAAACCUAUUUAAUAUUGAAAUGCUACCUUUACAUUUUUCACUGCUGUAUUGCCUUUAGUUAUAUUCAACUUGCCUCCAUGUUAUACUAUGUAAUUGUUUUAAAGUUGCAGAAUAUUUUCUUUGUUCUUUGUACCCAUUUAACUUAUGAAGUAGAUUCUUUAAGCAGAUUUGAAAUUGACUACAAGCUGUACAACUUGUAAGCCAAAUAGUAAUAAAAGGAGUAGGAGAAGUAAAGGAAACCAGU